AUGACACAACCAUCCCAGUUCAAUGGCAACCGCUAUUUACAGCCCACUCCCAUGGAAGAAUCGGACUGGUCGCAAUGGAUGCAAUGGGAUUGGGAUGAUACCAGCCCCGGUGCUAUAUCGAAAAGUGACAUUGAUUAUUCAGAUCUAAGUCCGAAUUCUGGCACAACAACACUACGGACAAUUGACAACACCGAAUUGAUAUCGGACCCGCUAUUUCCAGCCUCUAAUGCAAGACAGAUCAUGGCCAAUCCUUCCAGACUUCAACCUGGAAGUCAAGGUCUAGCAUCUUUGGCUCGGCGUCGCAAUAACGGAGGUGCCAAAGCAGACCAGAAUUCAAGUCGAAAGCGAAAGACUUCUAGCGAGGAUGAUGAUGGCUCUAUAAAAGCAGAUGAUUCUCCUCCAGAAUCAAAACCACAACCAUCAAAGAAACGCUCACAUAACGUCGUAGAGAAACGAUAUCGAGCUAAUUUAAAUGAAAAGAUUGGCGAGCUCAGGGAUAGUAUUCCGAGUCUUCGCGGUUUAACCAGAGAUAUCAAUGGAGGGGCUUCGACACAUGACGAUGACUUCUCAAGCGGAAAUAAGCUCAACAAAGCGUCGAUCCUGUCCAAGGCAACUGAAUACAUCCGCCAUCUGGAAUUGCGAAAUAGGCGACUUGAAGAAGAGAAUCAAGCUCUAAAAGCAAGACUACGCCAACUCGACAAGGCCGUCAUUAUCGAGCAAUCAGCAUCGAUAUCUGUUGGGUCAGCCUCGUCACCGGACAGUUAUUCGGGAACCAUUGAUAGCAUUGAAUCACCACCGAGCGUCUUCUCGCACACAGAAGAUUCUCCCCAUUCCCGAAAGACGUCAACGUCUAAUAAUCCUCCUGAAGGCAUGAUCAAAGUCCCGGAUUACAUUAAGAAAAUGCGAGCCAUGGCACCUCCGCAAGGUAUCUUUGCCGAAUCUUAUAUCAAGGAUGGCCCCAAACCUCAACAGCAAAAUGGACAGGUUCGCAGAGGCAUGACUCCAGGGGGUAAACUUUUCUUGGGCACCAUUGCGGGUUUGAUGGUUUUGCAAAAUCUCCCUGCCGAAAAGGAAUCCGAUUCUACCGAAAAGGGACUGCUGGCGGUUCCACUAAACGUUCUUAAUGAUUUUAUUGCUACUACUUUGACAUCAGCGCAGACAAAUUUCCUGGUCUGGACUCAGGAUUUGGCUCCGUGGAGUGCAUGGCAGUUCAAAGCUGGGUUAAGUUUGCUGCUUACGGUCGUUCUCGUUGUUGGCAGUGCCUUUUUCGUUUUCCUCUAUUUGUUUUACGCACGUCCACGGUCUGAGAACGACUCGGCAAAGAUUGCUUCCGCGUCAGGAAUUAGGAUGACACCGGCGGAAAUCAAACGGCAGGCUUGGUUAACUAGCAUGCAAAGACUCGGGGUACCUCAACAUCGAUUCUUCCUAGAGUGGUUUGCCGUCACCUCCAGAUGGGUUGAAUACAGCGUUUGUUGCCUAGUUGGUCGAAGCGUGUAUUCCUGGAUCACUGGAAUCACAGAAGAGGACGAAAAGGGUAGAAUUAAGACCUGGGAUAUCGCAAUCGAUGCUCAACUGGCUGGCGGAGAUACCGAAGUCAGUAAAUCACGCCUCGUCCUUACCAUAUUUGCAUCCGGCACUUUACCACGCAGUCCUGCAAGGAUAAUGCUAAAGGCAUUCCACUGUCGUAUCUUGCUUUGGCGAGUCGGUCAGCCAGGGUCGUUUGUUUCCACAGUUGCAAAUCACGUCGGACGUGUGUUGGCAACUUAUCAGUGGAAUCUGGCACGAGAAUUGAAUCGAUCCUUACCAAAAGAUCAUCCAGAUGCUCUUCCAAGUCAUUUGUCCGCCUUGGUUGAGACUGAGUGCAACGAUGUUUUGAUUGACCCCAUCGUUCAGCGAGCUGUGAAUUUAACCUGGAGUCGACCAACCCAGGAGGGUCUGGAUGAGGAUGAAGCGUUGUUGGAUGUUGUAGCGGAGGACCCAGCUGUUCAAACAUUUGCCGAUAGCAUUGCAGCCUGGUGGUCAAGCCACGUACUGCAGACUGCUCUGUUGAAUUCAUUCAAUAUCGAUUCUGACGGAGGAUAUGGAAAAAAGAAGCUUGAACAACAAAUUAAUCUUGCUCUACAAGUCGCGCCACGUCUAUCUGCCGCCCACACUAGAGCAGCAGCUAUGCGAGCAGUGUUGUAUGAACAGAAUAGACUCUACGACAUCAAAACAGUGCUCAACGCAUUACCAUCAAAGAAAGCCCAUCAAAGAACCCAGGAAGUUUCGAAUUUCCUCGAUUCGUCCAUACCCAUGUCAGUACGAAACGAACUCGCCAUCUCCGUCCGAUGCGCAAUGAUAGCGGCGAUUAUCCGAGCGCGAACAACCAACGAUACUACCUUCCCAUCACAUUUGACCAUCCGAAAAGCAAUCAACUGGCUCAACCAACUUCCUCUCGAUCCUCUCGAAUUAACCCUAAUCAGCUUCACAGCAGUCUAUCAUCUGCUUCAUAGCGUCGUAGCCUACGGCGACCUUCUAUCCACAUCCGCCUCCUCCUCAUCACCGUCCGCAACAUCAUCCGACUUUUCAAUUUCCACCACCAAAUCCGCCCCUCCACCCUCAUCAUCAUCUUUACAACCCGAUUUCCCAUCCCCACAAACCCACAAACGCGUCCGCUCCAACAGCGCCUCCGAACCAACCCCUCAAUACAGCCGGAUCGCAAAUGAUCUCGUCUACUGGGCCCGAAACGCAUACAAUCCCGCCUUCUACGGGUUGACGGGACACAUGGUCGACACAGUCGAAGCAGAAUGCGUGUCGAUUUGUAAGAAUGUGGGUAUUGAUUUGAUGGCUCAAGAUUCUUCGAAGGUGUUAUUGCAGACGAGUAUUCGAAGAUUGAUUAAUAACGAAGAGAGGGGGAAAUAUCAGAAACAUGGCCGAGCGAAAACGGGUAGCGGUGGUGGUAAGGAGGAAAAGGGGGAUUAUACGAGACGUAAAAGUCUUGAGAGUAACGAUACGGGAUAUGCGAGUGAUUCUCGAUGAUGAGCGGGCGAGCUUUCCAACUUUAUGUGGGCUUUUGCCUUGGGUGCAUGUGUUACUUAUACUUUCAGGCGGUGUUAGGGCUUGGGGCAUUGUGAUAGGUAAUGGGAACCUGGAAACCUCAAAUUAACUCAUAAAUGAAAUAAUAUCAUGAUCCAAAUCUCUACAAUCAGGUUAUUAAUGUAUAUUCAAAUUGAGCAUGCAUUCUCAAGACAGAAACAUCACUUGAAAAACAUAUAUCGAUCUGGAUACGGAAUCUGCAAACAAACCGAAACCACACGCCCAAGAAAGAAGGAAUUACUUCACCACGAAAAACUCUCCUCAAAAAACUCCACUGUUUUCCUCCCCUGUACUUCCCUGACAGCCUUGCGAACCUCAUCGCCCAUUCCACCUGGUCCACAAACACUAACCGCCAUAGCGCCAAUCUGUUGCGCAAUUUCUCGGUCCAGGAUUUGUCGAAAGAGUGGCUUGCCUAGAUUUAUUGUUACGGGUGCUGUUGGAGAGCUGAGUUGGGUCCAGUCUUGAAAGGAGGAGGAUUGCGCGGUUGUGUUUAUGUCUAUUUUGUUUAUGCCG